AUGUGCUUAUUUGCCACCUGUGAAGUGCAUCUAUCGGCGAAUGGUCUCAUUGAUGAUUGUGGAUGUGGACCAAUACCAUCGUCGUUGUCGAACAAAUUCGUCUGGGCUGGGUGUUCGGACAAUGUGCGAUACGGAAACUCUUUUGGAAGAAAGUUCAUAGACGUCACGGAUAAGGUUCACAGUGAUGCCAGGGCUCUGAUGAAUCUGCACAAUAAUCGAGUAGGACGCCGUCUUCUUGCCAGCCGAAUGGGAAAAGAGUGUAAAUGUCAUGGCGUAAGUGGCAGCUGUGUGACGAAGACUUGCUGGAAAGUGGUGCCAGCAUUUGACGAGUUCUCACAACUGCUGAUGCACAAGUACGAAAUGGCACAAGUAGUCACUGCUGCCCCUCAUGGUACUACAUUGAUGGUACGCGGGCCAGUGUUGGACGGAAAACGAACGGAGCGUUAUGCGAAGGAUAAGGGUGAUAAACAUAAGUUGAGCAGAAAAGUUGAUCCAUUUUUAUUUCCGUAA